UUCCAGGCCUGAGCAGGUCCUUCAGCAGCACCUUGUCUCUCACCUCCCACCCAUCUGCAAUCCUGUGCGGUAAUGGCACUCCUGAUUGGCUGGUGGACGUCACAAAGCUUCCUUGAAAACCAAGAUGAGAGACACUCCAGUUGAGCAGUCCGUGAUGGACUUGAUCGACCUGUUCCACAAAUACACCAAACCUGAUGACAAGAUCGACAAGCAGGGCCUGCUGAAGGUGCUGAAGGAGAAUUUCCCUAACUUCCUCAAGGCCUGUAAUGAAAGGGGCAAAGAUUUCUUGGCCCAUAUCUUUGAGGACCAUGACAAGAAUAAGGAUAAGAAGAUCGAGUUUUCCGAGUUCCUGUCGCUGUUGGGCAUCAUAGCCACAGACUACCACGAUCAUAGCCACGGAGCCCCGCUCUGUUCUGGGGGAGGACAGUGAGCCCAGCCCAGCCUGAGGCCUCCAGAAACCCCAAGAAACAAUAAAGUGUCUCUUGCCCAGA